AUGGCCUCGCUAUCCAAAGAAUAUCUUCUGAAGUCACUAAUAAACUUACUCCCCACUGAGGAGCAGAUGAAGACAGCUGGGCUAUUCAUAAGGACCUUUAAGAAAGACUACAGGGCGAUCGUGGAGGGGUGGAUGUUUGUAUAUAGGAAGUCCAGUGCAUACCACAGGCUCAACCUGCUGUAUCUUGCAAACGAGGUUGUCCAGACGACAAAGGACAUUGAUCCGGACUCGAUUGAGCUGAAGAUCUUGCUCAAGAAGGUGGUGAACGAGGUGUUUGAGGAAACAAAAAGAAUGGCCAUGAAGAAUCCUUCCCUUUACAAGAAGUAUUGUGAACUUGAAAAUGUGUGGAUUCAAAGAAACGUCAUGGUUAUGGAGAGUCAUGGGAUCAACCUUGGAGAGUUGAUUAGGAACAUUGAGAAGACGUUUAAUGACAAGGCCAAGCUGUCUGUAGUGCUGGAAGAUGCCCUUUCUAAGGUUCGUAAAGGUUCUGGAGGAUGA